CGAUUCAAUUAGGGCUAUUCUCUCUCUCUCUCUCACUCUUGAACAAGUUCAAGAACUAAUGGGGAAUACUGUCCAUUUCGUCUUUGGGAUUUUUGGAAAUGUUAAUGGCCUUCUUCUCUUCUUGGCUCCAGUGAUUACUUUCAAGAGAAUCUUGAUAAACAAAUCUACUGAGGACUUUUCCGGAAUUCCAUAUGUCAUGACCCUCCUCAACUGUCUCCUCUCUGCCUGGUAUGGAUUGCCUUUUGUUUCGAAGAACAACGUGUUAGUGUCGACAAUCAAUGCGACCGGAGCCGGCAUAGAAUGCAUCUACGUCCUCAUUUUCCUCAUUUUCGCAGCAAAGAAAGAAAAAGCCAAGAUUCUUGGCCUCCUCACUUUCAUCCUCUCCGUCUUCGCCGCCGUCGCGUUUAUUUCCAUGUUUGCCCUCCACGGCAACGGCAGAAAAGUCUUUGCCGGAUUUGCUGCAGCCAUCUUCUCCAUUAUUAUGUAUGCUUCACCUCUUUCCAUCAUGAGGUUGGUGAUUAAGACUAAGAGUGUCGAGUUCAUGCCAUUUUUCCUUUCGCUAUUCGUCUUCCUUUGUGGUACUUCGUGGUUCGUAUAUGGGCUUCUAGGAAAAGACCCUUUUGUCGCGGUUCCAAAUGGUUUUGGAAGUUUAUUAGGAGCGGUCCAGCUGGUCCUAUACUUCAUUUAUCGUGACAACAAAGUGGAAGAAGACAAGAAACGUGUCAUGGAAACAAACGGAUCGAUUGAAUUGGAGAAAAAACAGCAACAACAGCAGCAGCAUAAUAAGAUAGACUUGGUCUAGAGGAUUAUGUCCCUUGCUUCUCCACUCUUCAGUCAAUUGUUGUUGUUUUCAAAAAAUUAAUAUUAGAAUUCACAUGGAGAAGUUUUAGUAAGUUUUAGUUUGUUUCUAUGUAAGAUGAUGGAUGGAUCAUGUUGUAUGGAUAAGGAGGUUUCUCUUAUUUGAA